AUGUCUCCCUUUAAACAAACGGCGCUCUCCUCUCUCUCUUCUCGCCUCGAACAUCCGCCGCCUCUCCUUCUCGCCAUGUGCCGUCCAGUUAUGCCUCCGCCUUCUAGCUGUUUCGUUCUCGCCGUUGCCGUCGUCUCGUUCUCGCCGUCGCUGCUGUUUCGUUCUCGCCGUUGCCGCGGUCGUCGUUCUAGCUGUUGUUCUUCUCCUCCAUAAUCAGGGAUAUCAGACAAACCAACGGUGAAACUUAGAGCCAUCACCAAGUUGUUGCUAUUCGUAAAGCUCUUGGCGAUGGAAUGUUUGAGAGAAAUUAAGCGGUCCGCUUGUGAUCUUAAUCAUUCAGCAGAAGGGAUGGGUGCCUGUGACUGCAUCAUAACAAAGGAUGGUCCAGGAACAAUAGCAGACGCUAUGAUAAGAGGGCUACCGAUAAUCUCGGAUACAUCGCUGGUCAAAUAUCCAUUUGCAGCUUUUCCGGUUCUGUAG